AUCGUCAUCCGACGAAGCUCCAUUCCAAGCUGACAGCUCUAGUAGCUACCCCUCCAAAACUGUUAAACGCAGUUGAGCUUCUUAACUACCACUCCAGCCUCCCUACACCCUCUGUACAUUGUCUGUUUUCAUUUAGAGAAUGGCAUCCACAAACCAAGGUCCCCGCCGUAUCGGCCAAUGGCUAUACCUAAAGGAAGAACACAUCGAAGAAUACAAAAAGUGCCAUGCAGCAGUGUGGCCCGAGGUGCUCGAGCAGAUUAAAGAUUCGAACAUUAGAGACUACUCGAUAUUUCUCUCCCUCUCCCCCCGCCCCACUCUAUUCGCAUCCUUCAAGUACGUAGGGAACCGUUUCGACGAGGACAUGGCGCGCAUGGCGGCGAACCCGAAGAUCCAGGAGUGGUGGAAAAUGACGGAUGGGUUGCAGGAGAGUCCUGUUCCAGGGGCGGUGGGCAGUGCGACUGGACCUGGGUGGUGGGGGCAGACGGAGGAGGUUUUUUAUGUUGAGUAGGGGUUGGGAUUUUGGGGAGGUGUUGAAGAAUGGUCUUGAUUGUGAGAAUAUGUGCAUUUCGGAUUGUUUGGGAGGAAGGGGGGGGAUUAGAAGCGUUUUCACACCCUAUGGGACUGUUGAGUUAUUGCUAGUUUUUGGGUAUAGUUUAAAUGCACUAAAGGCCGUCCUGCUGAGACAUGGCUAGUCUGUGAGUGUACUUUGAGUAUACUGAAAACCACGAGCUGCGAGAUGUUGGGUUGCUUUCGUAGAGUUGAAGGAUUUUGCAACUCCCCAAUAGAGAUUGAAUGAGGGC